AUUAAUUGAAAAACUCUGUAGAAUUCAAAACACCCGUACCGCGUGAGAGCCAGCCACUAUUCAAAAGAACAGAUUUAUAUUUCUCCCUCUCUCCCAAAUUCAACUCCCUAUCUCUUUCUCUCUCUCGCUCUCGCUCUCAUCCGUUCCACAUUUCCACUAUUUCUAGGGUUUGAGUGUUUCCGUGUUUUUCUCGGGGAAAGGAAGGAGAGGAGGUAGAGAUGGGGCAACAAACGUUGAUCUAUAGCUUUGUGGCAAGAGGAACGGUGCUUCUUGCGGAGUACACGGAGUUUAAAGGGAAUUUCACAGGCAUCGCUGCACAAUGUCUUGAAAAACUUCCCGCGUCUAAUAAUAAGUUUACUUAUAAUUGCGAUGGCCAUACCUUCAAUUACCUCGUUGAAAACGGAUUCACUUACUGCGUGGUUGCAGUUGAAUCUGCUGGCAGACAAAUUCCAAUUGCCUUUUUGGAGCGAGUUAAGGAAGAUUUUAACAAAAGAUACAGUGGAGGAAAAGCAGCAACUGCUGUUGCCAAGAGCCUGAACGGAGAGUUUGGGUCCAAAUUGAAGGGGCAUAUGCAGUAUUGUGUGGAUCAUCCUGAAGAGAUCAGCAAGCUUGCAAAAGUCAAGGCUCAGGUCUCUGAAGUUAAAGGUGUUAUGAUGGAAAACAUUGAGAAGGUUCUUGAUCGUGGUGACAAGAUUGAGCUGCUGGUGGAGAAAACUGAGAACCUUCGCUCACAGGCACAAGAUUUCCGACAACAGGGAACUAAGAUGAGAAGAAAGAUGUGGAUUCAGAAUAUGAAGAUAAAACUGAUUGUUUUGGGUAUUAUAAUUGCCUUGAUUCUCAUCAUAGUCUUAUCUAUUUGUCAUGGAUUCAAUUGCUAAUUUAUCUUGGCUUUCACUGGAAGCUGCUUUUGCUGCGGAUUGUCUUUGCGGAAUUGAUUCUUAUUUGUUUUUGAUGAUAUGUCCUUGAGAUCUCUUUUUCUACAGUGUCUUUUAUGUCUUAGAUUACUCCUUUCUCCUUGUUAGCUUUGUUUAGGAUUGUGAAAGGUUUUGUAUUUUGAAUUUCGUUGUAUAGGUUAUAUGAACUCUUGAGUAGAUAAUUUUCUUCCUUCCUCCUACGUUAGUAUUAAUAAUUUAGUAUUUGUUUAAUGUGUAAUGAACAUCGAAUCCAUGCAGUUUAGAUUGUCCUUUGCAAUGUUAUUAUUA